GCGACUGAGCCGGUGUGUUUUCUCAGAGUCCUCUAAACCACACACGAGUGCAGGAGAGAGGACGGACCUCAGCUCACACGGUCCAGCGUAGGAGACAAUGGCUGAUCCUCAAGCAGCACCUCCUUCAGAGUCCAGUGACCACAAGCCUGAACCCGAGGCGGCGGCCGGAGAGGACACCACGCCGCAGAGCAACACUGAGGAAGCUGCUACCAAAGAUGCUGCAGCUACGGACCAGGAAGGAGGCGCACAGAGCAGCGAGGAGUCUCCAAAGAGCGACCCGGAGGAGCAGAAGGAACAGGAACAGGCAGCAGCUGCAGCAGAUGAAGAGAAAAAAGCGAGUGAAGAGGCAGCAGAGGAGAAGAAAGAAGAAAAACUGGAUGGAGAGACAGGAGAGGGGCAGAACGAAGAAAAAGCGAGCGAAGAGGGAGGAGAAGGGCAGAAAGACGAGUCCGCUCCUCUGGCCAACAAAUACUACACUGUGAGCUACAGAAAGAUUAAGAAAGGGCUCGCCAAGCAGAGGAUCAGCGCAUUCGAAGCCUUGGACUUUGCGAUGUUGGAAGAGGAAGGAGCAUCAGAGGAGCAGAAGGAUGGAGCCAUGAGAGAAGAAGGAGCGGCUGCUGAAGAAGCUAAUCAAAUGAACGGAGAGGCCGAGUCUCAGAACGGGACUUCUGAAAAUGGUGAUGGACAAAAAGCAGCGGACGGACAGAAGGACGAGAAGAUGGCGGGAGAAGGGCAGGAUGGAGAGAAAGCAGGUGAAGAAGCAGGAGAUGAGCAGGAGGAGGAAGAUGGCUUCGAGGAUGAGAAUGGCGCGGAGGAAGCGUGUGACGGAUCAGACGGGAACAAAGAGAAGCGUUCUGUCAUCUCCAAGUACUUCACCGUCAGCUACAGGAAGAUCAAGAGAGGCAUCACCAAGCAGAGGGUCGACGAGUUCGAGUUCAUGGGCGUGCAGCAAUGAGUUCUCAUACACACACACACACACACACACACACACACUGUAUAUAACAGCAGUUAUCUCAUUAUGAUUCAGUUGUUAUUCAUUUGUUUUAUCUGUAAAGCACUUUUUAGGGAAGAACUUGAAAUUUCUAAAUUUCUAAUAAAUAAAUUUUAAUAAUCUAAUAAAUUUUCUAGUAAAUUUCUAAUAUUCUUAAAUUAUGCAGUGAAAAUGUAAUUUUUUUAUUUAUUUUUUUUUUGUGACAGGACUUGCAGGUAAAAAAACUCUCCCAGUUUUCUGUGGUUCUGCUUCACUGUAAUUUAAAAAAACCUGAAAAAAGUCAUUUUCAUGUACAAUGUUCACAUACACUACGUGCAUUUUGGGAAGAGGAAUUUAAAAAUGAUUUAUAAAAAUAUAACCCAACGAGUCCUAUUGGUUCUUCAUCUGAAUGCAUUUUUAAAGAUUUAUUUAUCACAUAGAACAAAACUUUGAUCAAAUGUCUGGCUGGAGCAGUAGUGGAUUUAAUUAACUGAUUCUUAAUUUGUGUUAAAAUUUUUAUCUAGGAUUUGUGUUAGGAUUUUCAAAAAAAUGGGUCAGUGUAAGUCUGUUAUUAAGAAAGGGUGUGAAGGGAUUUUAUUAUUUUUUUUAGAGAAAAAGUACAUCAAUACAACUAAUAAAAUACUUUGUAAAU